AUUGACAGCCUGUCCAUAGUUUGUGGAUUCCAGCUCAGCACUGAGCCUUUCUUCAGAUCUUUGAUAAAAGCUACAAUUAAAUAUGCAGUCACGAAACAAAUGCGUAAACAACAGAUCCAAAUUCCGUUUGACAAAGGACGUACCAUGUUGGGCGUGGUAGACGAGACUGGACAGUUGCAAUAUGGUCAGGUUUUUGUGCAGUACACCGAAAAUUUAAACCUGAAAACGCCACCACCAAACGCGGCGAAAAAAAUAGUUACUGCUGUGGACAUUCCUGAUCUGCGGCACUUAUGUGACGUAAUCGUUUUUCCAAUGCAUGGACCGAGACCACAUCCUGAUGAAAUGGCA